AAAUACUAACAGAAUCUACUCUCUGUGUGACUUGUAGAAGAAGCAGGCAUCCAGUCCAGACAGAAUCACUCUGUAUGGCCUAAUGGUCAAACCCAUCCAACGCUUUCCUCAGUUCAUUCUGCUGCUGCAGGACAUGUUGAAGAACACUCCAAAGUCCCACACUGACCGGCUGCCACUGCAGCUGGCUCUCACUGAGCUGGAGACCCUGGCCGAGAAACUCAAUGAACAGAAGCGUCUUGCUGAUCAGGAGGCUGAGAUCCAGCAGUUAGCACACAGCAUUGGGGACCGCAGCCUUAACAAGCUGCUGAACUCGGAGCAGAGGCAGCUGAUUCAGUGCGAACUGCUGACUGAAAUUGUUUAUGGGGAUAAAGGUCAAGUUCUCAAGUCGAAGGAGCGAAAGGUCUUUCUCCUCAACGACACCCUGAUUUGUGCCAAUGUCAACCUGAAGGGUCCCCCUGACAUCAGCAGCCUGGUUCCUGUUGGUCCUAAGUACAUGGUGAAGUGGUGUGCCCCCCUGCUGCAGACCCAGGUGGUGGAGGUGGGACAGGACAGUCUCCAAAGCAGGGACAGUGUCCUCACAGCCAGACGUCAGAGCUCCGCCUCCAGCACUACAGGUACCUCCAUCACUCACACACACACUGACACACAGUGAAUACAAAGCAUUCUCCCCGAGGGGAUUAAAGGUGAUGAAAAGGUGAUCAUAAAUUAUUUAUAAUCACCCCUCACUCCCCAUCCCCCUACCCUGUCUCUCUAACCCCAUGUGGUCGAGGCAGAUGGCUGCCCACCUGUCACCAAGUGCUUGCUCAUGGUGGGAACCGUUGGGUCUCUGUAAAUAAAUUUAUACUG